CUCUCUCUCUCUCUCUCUCUCUCUCUCUCUCUCUUCAAAAAUGUUGUCGAAUUCUCAGAAGAAGAAAUACUUGCACACUUUCUUAGCCACCAACCUUAACAACAAGCUCACAGUUUCAAUCCCAUCGUAUUCCGACACCACCACCACCACCACCCAAGAUGACUUCGACUUCUCCGAAGUGUUUGGUCCCUUAACCCCACAUCACCACCAAAACCAAAACCCAACUUCAAAUCCCAACCCUUCAUCUUCAUCACCACCGUCCACGUCAUCACCCUCCUUCUCUGCCACCGCCGCCGCCGCCACCACCACCUUCCCAAUCCCAGUGGACCCACCUGUGAUCCACAACCGGUCCCACUCCUUCGUGGGUCCCUCUCCUCGCUUCACCACCACCUCUCUCCCCCGCUCUCUCCCCCUUGAACCCGAACUCGAACCCGACUCUGAACCCGAAACCGAACCCGGAAAUGACCCAACUGAUGAUGAUGAUGGUGAUGGUGAGAGUGAGAGUGUGGGAAAGAUUGGGCCUUUGGAUUUUGAGAUUCUGAGAGUUGUGGGGCAAGGUGCUUUUGGAAAAGUGUUCCAAGUCAGAAGGAAGAAGAAGAAGAAAGAGAAUAUUCAUUGUGGUUCUGAUAGUGAUAGUGAUGGUAGUAGAGAUGGGAUUUACGCCAUGAAAGUGAUGAGGAAGGACACCAUUAUAAAGAAGAACCAUGUGGAUUACAUGAAGGCUGAGAGGGACAUUCUCACUAAAGUUGUCCACCCUUUUAUUGUUCAGCUCCGCUACUCCUUUCAGACCAAGACUAAGCUUUACUUGAUUCUGGAUUUUAUUAAUGGAGGGCAUCUCUUUUUUCAUCUGUACCGGCAGGGAAUCUUCAGUGAGGAUCAGGCAAGGGUUUAUACUGCUGAGAUAGUUUCUGCUGUUUCACAUCUUCACAAGUGCGGGAUCGUGCAUCGGGAUCUUAAACCUGAAAAUAUUCUCAUGAACGCUGAUGGCCAUGUUAUGCUAACUGAUUUUGGACUGGCAAAGGAAAUUGAUGAAUCAAGCAGAUCAAAUUCAAUGUGUGGGACCACAGAAUACAUGGCUCCAGAAAUUUUGCUGUCUAAAGGCCACAAUAAAGAUGCAGAUUGGUGGAGUGUUGGGGUACUCUUGUUUGAGAUGCUAACUGGACAGCCACCAUUUACACAUGCAAAUAGAAAGAAACUUCAGGAGAAAAUCAUCAAAGAGAAGUUUAAACUUCCACCAUUUCUUACCAGUGACGCUCAUUCCUUACUUAAAGGAUUGCUGCAAAAGGAACCAUCAAGAAGAUUAGGCAGUGGUCCUAAUGGAGGGGAUGAGAUCAAAAGUCACAAGUGGUUUCAAUCAAUCAAUUGGAAGAAAUUAGAGGCCAGAGAACUGCAACCAAAGUUCAAGCCAGAUGUGAGUGGUAAAGACUGUACAGCCAAUUUCGACCGGUGCUGGACAGCAAUGCCUGCAGAUGACUCGCCAGCUCCCACGCCAACUGCAGGUGAACAUUUCCAAGGAUAUACUUAUGUGGCACCUAACCCUUGGCUUUCAUCUGUAUAAACUUAUAGCUUCUGGCCAAGAGCAUAGUUAGGAUGAUAUGAACGGUGGUUUGAAGCAGGGCUGCCAUUCAAGUGUAAUCUUAACUGAUUCCAAGUCCUGCUAUCAAACAAACAAAUAUGUUCACAUUCAUAUCUCAUGUACAAUAUUUCUAACUCGUCUUAGAAUAAAUAAUUGUGGAUUUUCACUUCCUACUCA